GCAGGUUGGCAGCACCUGGCGAAUGUUUUUGUUUUGCAUCGGAAAUCGAAGUAAUUUGCAUUCCAUAAAUUCGCCAGAAUUAGCGCAUUUUCACGGCUAAUGCCAUUCCAAAUAGCUUCUGCAGCAUGACCAUCUUCAAUCUGUACAUAUUCGACAAGUUCGGCACACUGCUGCACUACGCCGAAUGGAAUCGCACCAAGAAAUCGGGCAUCACUCGCGAGGAAGAAGCGAAACUCACCUACGGAAUGCUCUUCUCCAUCAAGUCCUUUGUGAGUAAGAUAUCGCCCCACGAUCCCAAGGAGGGCUUCCUCUACUACAAGACCAAUCGCUACGCCCUGCACUACCUGGAAACUCCCUCUGGAUUGAAAUUCGUUCUCAACACGGACACGACGGCCAUCAACGUGAAGGAGCUGCUGCAGCAGCUGUACGCCAAGGUGUGGGUGGAGUUCGUGGUGCGGGAUCCGCUGUGGACGCCCGGCACAGUGGUCACCUCGGAGCUGUUCCAGUCCAAGCUGGACGAGUUCGUCCGACAGUCGCCCAUUUUCGGCAUUCGCAAUAUCUAAGCAAAUAAAUAGUUGUAAGCUCGAACUCUCAUUACGUAGCCAUGCAAAUUCCGCCACACCAA